AAAUUUUAAUUAAAGAAUCUUUUGUUAAAGAGUUGUAAGUUCCUAUUUCUAGAUAAAAUUAAGAUAGACAAAACCAAAAUAUUCUUUGCCUUCUUUACUAGAAUCCAUGGAAUGGCAAACUGGGUUUAUAUAUAUGGGUUUUCUCUGAUUCUCUCUCUGGAAAGCUUCAAUGCUUGAAGAGACUGUCUAUUGACCAUUUCUCUCUCUCUCUCUCUCUCUCUCAUAGUCCUACAAAAGCCACCAUUCACAGUAUUUUCAAUCAAGAAAUUUCAACGUUCAAUUUCAAGAAAAGUUUACAAAUCAACGCAAGGAACUUUCCUCUGGUUUCUUUGCUGCAGUUCAUCUGGGUGCCAGAAAAGAAGGGUGAUAUCACAGGAGUAGGGCUUUUUCUUUUGCAGUGCAUAAAAGUAGAAUAUUUGCUGUUUAAGGGAGAAAUUUGAUUGAUUUCUAAAAAGGGUUUCGGGUUGAAUUUGUUAGAUCUGUGUGGUUGAGGUCAGAAAUGGAGCCUCCAAAAGGGUUUUUGCUUUCUCUGUGGCACUUCAUCUGCUUUCUUCCUUACUUCAUUGGAUUACUACUUCUGGGCAUCCUCAAGGGUAUCAUAUUCUGCCCAUUGAUAUGCGUCGUCAUGACAAUUGGAAACUCUGGGAUCAUUUUGGGUCUUUUGCCAGUACAUGCUGUCUGGACAUGUUAUUGCAUUUUGAGUACUAGAUUAUUAGGACCACUCCUGAAGUUCUUUCUAUGCAUCUGCCUUCUCCUUUGCGUGGGUUUAUGGCCAGUUCUUGGUAUUGCGGGAAGCAUUUUAGCUGGAGCAUUAUACGGAUUUCUUUCCCCUGUUUUUGCCACUUUUGAUGCUGUCGGAGAAGGGAAGUCGAACAUGUUUUUCCAUUGUUUUUUCGAUGGAACUUGGAGUACAGUCAAAGGCAGCAUUACAGUUGUCAGGGAUUUUAGAGAUGUUUGCUUGAUUACCUACUUCUCUCUUAUGUCUGACCUGAGGCAACAAGUCCUUCCAGAUGGAAAGUGUUACGAGAUCAGAUUGCUUCAUCUUCCGGGUGCUAUUGUAGCAGGGAUUCUUGGUAUCAUAGUGGAUUUGCCAGUAAUCUCCGUGAUUGCCCUCUGCAAAAGUCCUUAUAUGCUCCUCAAAGGGUGGCGCCGUUUAUUUCAUGAUCUUAUAGGUCGAGAAGGCCCUUUCUUGGAGACAAUAUGUGUACCCUUUGCUGGCCUUGUUAUUUUACUGUGGCCAUUAGCUGUUAUUGGGGCGGUUUUAGGAUCCAUAGUGGCUAGUGUUUUCCUUGGCGCUUAUGCCGGAGUGAUUGCCUAUCAGGAAUCUUCUUUUUGGUUUGGUCUUUGCUAUAUUGUUGCUUCUCUGGCCAUUUACGAUGAAUACAGCAAUGAUGUACUCGACAUGCGGGAAGGAUCCUGCUUUCCUAGGCCAAAGUACCAAAAGAAGACAAAUCCAUGGGGAGACUCUCGUGCUUCUUCUUUUUCAAAACCUCCUUCACGGGUUGAGUCAUUUAAUACUCAAAGGGUUGAUUUGAAUCCGCUGGAGCUCCUCGAGGCCUUAUUUAAGGAAUGUCAACGACAAGGAGAAAUCAUGGUUUCUGAAGGCCUAAUAACCCAGAAAGACAUUGCAGAUGCAAAGGCUCAGAAUGGUGGCAAAGUCAUUAGCAUUGGCUUACCAGCUUAUUGCAUUCUUCAGUCACUUCUGUGUUCUGCAAUAUCCGGUUCUCCGGGCUUAUUGUUGAGUGAUGGUACUGAGAUAACUUCAGCAAACAGACCGAAGGAUGCCUUCUUUGAUUGGUUUUUCAAUCCAUUCAUGAUCAUGAAGGACCAGAUGAAAGUGGCAAACCUUUCCGAGGCAGAAGAAGAUUAUCUUGGUAAAUUAGUCUUAUUAUGCGGUGAUGCCACAAGGUUGAAAAUUUUAAACAUUAAUUCACCGACAGAUUCUGAACUUAGGCGGGCUGAACUCGAUGGAUUAGCUCGAAGGCUUCAAGGGCUCACCAAAUCCAUCUCAAGGUCUCCAACUUAUUGGCGUCAGUUUGAAAAUCUAGUCAAGACUUUAUCGGAUAAUCUUAGCAAGAAGAAUGAUGGAAGCAUAUCGAGCAAUGGGUCACGAGCAAUUCAAAGAUCAUGGAGUGCCCUACCGCGGAUGUUCAGCCUCAAAUCAUUCAAAAGAAAAACAAGCAGUAAUGGUUUUGACGAUUCAGAGUCACAACCAGUUGUCACGAGAGACGUGGACAUCGUAUGAUGCAGAUUGGUAAAGUGCAAGCUUUGUUCCAUUCUUUCCCGAUAACAGGGAGGUAUAUAUAUAAGUUAGCGGCUUUCAAGUUUUUCUAGUAUGCAAAUGCUUAAGGCAACGAAUGCAUAUGAAGAGAGGUAGAGCAACCUACUAUAGGUAGGACAUGGUUUUCCCAUUUUCUUCUGGGUAAUUUUAGGUUCGUAUAUAUGUAUGUUUUCGUAAGGAACAAAACAAUUUUAGUCUGAAAUAGUUCUUCAAAUCCUUUAGUUACAGUUCAGAAAUCUACAAGAAAUCAGCAAAAAAUUCUAUA